UGAAUUCUCUCCUUCUCUCCCCUAUGUUCCGCCCAGCUUGAAAAAAUUCACCCAUCUCCUUUUGAUUGGGUUUCUCCUAGGGUUCUGUUUCUGGGAUUGGAUCCAUAAAAAAAGUUGCUUUUUUUUCUGGGUUUCCCGCUCUAUUAAUUCGGGAGAGAUGGAUGAUUCAGAGUGCGUCAGAGUCGCCGUCAAUAUCCGGCCGUUAAUUACGACGGAGCUUCUUAACGGUUGUUCCGAUUGCAUCACUGUUCCUCCCAAUGAGCCACAAGUACAUGUAGGCUCACAUACCUUCACUUAUGAUUAUGUAUUUGGCAAUGGUGGCUUACCUUCUCUGGAGAUUUAUGAGCACUGUGUUGCUCCACUUGUGGAUGCUUUAUUCAGUGGAUACAAUGCAACCGUUCUUGCUUACGGCCAGACUGGUUCAGGUAAAACGUAUACGAUGGGUACUAAUUACGGUGGAGAUGGAGCAAACGGUGGUAUUAUACCAAGAGUAAUGGAAAACAUAUUUAAAAAAGCAGAGGCAACCAAAGACUCAACGGAACUUCUCAUACGUGUGUCUUUUAUUGAGAUUUUUAAAGAAGACGUUUUUGAUUUGCUCGACUCGAAUUCACUACCCCUCCAAAGAAAUGAUGGUGUGGCUCAUGCCAAGAACGUUGCCCUCUCAAGAGCUCCUAUUCAAAUAAGAGAAACUGACGGUGGAGGAAUCACUUUGGCUGGUGUUACUGAGGCACAAGUCAAGACUAAGGAGGAGAUGGGUUCAUACCUAGCAAAAGGCUCCCUUUCUCGUGCUACUGCCAGCACAAACAUGAAUAGUCAAUCAAGUCGGUCCCAUGCAAUCUUCACAAUCACUCUUGAGCAGAAGAAAGUUGGUGGUGAAGAUAUACUAUGUGCAAAACUCCAUUUGGUUGAUCUAGCGGGAUCUGAGCGUGCAAAAAGAACAGGAGCCGAUGGAAUGCGCUUGAAAGAAGGCAUUCACAUCAACAAAGGUCUGUUUGCGCUUGGAAAUGUAAUCAGCGCAUUAGGAGAUGAGAGAAAGAGAAAGGAAGGAGGCCAUGUUCCUUACCGUGACAGCAAGUUGACUCGUUUGCUUCAGGACUCUCUUGGUGGCAAUAGCAAAACAGUGAUGAUUGCUUGUGUAAGUCCAGCAGAUACAAAUGCUGAGGAGACUUUAAAUACGUUAAAAUACGCAAACCGUGCGCGAAACAUUCAAAACAAAGCUGUGAUCAAUCGAGACCCAGGAGCCGCACAGAUGCAGAGAAUGCGGAGUCAAAUUGAGCAGUUACAGACAGAACUCCUGUUCUAUCGAGGUGACAAUAGUGCUUUUGACGAGACACAGAUUCUUAAGGAUAAAAUAUCUCUUCUUGAGGCAAGCAACCGUGAGCUUAAAAAUGAACUUAACGAACGGAGAGUCACCUGUGAGCAUUUAUCAAAGCGUGCUUAUGAUGCUCAGGUUGAAAAGGAUAAACUUAUAUUGACAAUUGAAUCUGUUCGCAAUGGUAAAUCCUUGGAUGAGAUUGAAUCAAGCCAAAAUGAGGGUGCUGGUUUGAUCAACAACUAUGUUUCAAAAAUUCAAGAGUUGGAAGGAGAGCUAUUGCAUUUCAAGAACUUGAAGAAUCUCAGUAAUUGCCAAUAUACUGAUUCUUAUGACGAUGGGCCCCGCACAAGUAACGUUUUGUUCCCCUCGUCGAAUGAGUUGUUGGAAUGUGAAGACAAAGUGAUGGAUGUCAUAGAUGAAAGUGAAUUUCAAGAAAAGGAGCUUGAACAUUGCUCACUUCAGGAAAAGUUGGACAUGGAGCUUAGGGAACUGGAUAAGAGACUUGAAGAAAAGGAGGCUGAAAUGAAGAGUCAUUCAAGUGCUGCUGGUACGUCUGUUCUCAAACAACAUUACGAGAAAAAGGUUCAUGAGCUUGAACAGGAAAAAAGAGCAUUGCAGAGAGAAAUUGAAGGUUUGAGACAGAACCUUGCUAGUAUACCAUCUGCUUCAGGGGAUGGUUGUGCCCAGAAACUGAAGGAAUCGUAUCUUCAGAAACUGAACAUGCUUGAAACUCAGGUUUCUGAGUUGAAGAAGAAACAAGAUGCACAAGCUCAACUCUUGAGGCAAAAACAGAAAAGUGACGACGCAGCAAGAAAACUGCAAGAUGAUGUACAGAGAAUUAAGUCCCAGAAGGUUCAACUUCAGCAAAAGAUUAAGCAGGAGUCAGAACAGUUCAGAGCUUGGAAGGCUUCAAGAGAGAAGGAAGUCAUGCAGCUCAGAAAAGAGGGAAGGAGAAAUGAUUAUGAGAUGCACAAACUCGUGGCUUUAAAUCGAAAACAGAAGCUGGUUUUACAAAGAAAGACAGAAGAGGCAUUUCAGGCGAGUAAAAGACUCAAAGAGCUUUUAGAAACUCGAAAAGCGUCUUCACGCGAGACAUUAAGUAAUGCAGGAGUUAAUGGACCAGGAACACAGGCUCUAAUGCAAGCAAUCGAGCAUGAGAUUGAAGUCUCUGUUCGGGUGCAUGAAGUGCGUUCUGAAUAUGAACGGCAAUUGGAAGAGAGAGCGACAAUGGCGAAGGAAAUUGCAAUGCUAAAAGAAGAAAACGAGUCGCUCAAGAACGCCAAGAUCAGCGUUCAUAGUGAUUCCAUGUCUCCUGGUGCGAGAAACUCAAGGAUUUUCGCUUUGGAGAAUAUGCUUGCGUCCUCUUCAAGCACCCUCGUUGCCAUGUCAUCACAAUUAUCUGAAGCAGAGGAACGUGAGCGUGUCUUUGGUGGUAGAGGAAGGUGGAACCAAGUCCGAACACUAGGUGACGCCAAGAGUAUAAUGAACUAUCUGUUCAAUUUGGCAUCAAGUGCUAGGUGUCUAGCUCGAGAUAAAGUAGUGGACUGCAGAGAAAAGGAUGUCCUUAUAAGAGACCUGAAAGAUAAAAUAGUGAAGUUUAGAAGUUUUGUUAGACACUUGGAGUUCCAAAAAGAAGACCUCUUGGAACAAGUGAAGGCACAGGCCUCUGCAUUGGAGAAUUGGGCUGCAAAGGAGAUACUUGAAGAGACUCCUUCAAAUGAGACAGUGACGUUGUGUUGCAGUUGCAGUAGGAGUUCCUCUUGCAAGACAACGAAAUGUCAAUGUCUAGCGGCAAAGGGAUUUUGUGGUCCGUUAUGUGGAUGCUCCUCUGUUAAAUGCACCAACAGAUUCACAAGCGGAGAGCAGAACAACUUCACCACGGAAUUGGAUGAAGAGGACAAAGAAGAACAACAACAAGUUCUUGCUUCACGUGGAGCUUUGCUUCUUCGAACCGCUCUUGCUGAUAAGUCAGCGCAUGAGACUAAUGAUAACGAAGGAACCAAAAGAAGAAGAAAACCUUUGUCAGACAUAGGAAACACUACGGGUAAAUCAAAUGUGCCAAAGCCAAGUCAAAGGAAGACAAUGAAGAAGCCUGUUCUUCAGAUUGUUGUGGAUCCAUCACCACUAACUUCAUCUCAGGAGGAAGAAGCUCAUCCGGUGAAUUUGGAUGAAGCAAACGGUAUGAAACUGAAGAUACCGAGGGCGAUGACGUCAGUGUCUUCUAAUGGCAGCAACUUGCUGAAGGAAAGAAAUGCUGAACAGAGUGGAGGUGAGUUAGUUAGUAAUGGUGAUAUAAGUGGAAGUAGAAUUUCAGAUGAAAAGGAGAACCACAGUAGCAGGAUCUAGCCAGGAAACAAGAGAUGUUGCUUGAGGAACAAGGGAAGAUGUAGGCUUAGAUCUUUUGUAGAUGAUACUGCUAUGUCAUGGGGAGUGAAGUUCUAUAAUGAUUUUUUAUCAUAUAAUUUUCCA